UGUUCUUUUCCGUUUUGUUAAUGGCGGUUGUGCUUGUUGGGUUUUCGCUUCCAGUUUCUUUCGAGCAGUUGCAAAAAAAAUGUCGCGUUAUAAUUCCGACUGCAAAGUUUAUGUCGGCGAUUUGGGAAAUAGCGCAUCAAAACAAGAAAUUGAAGAUGCUUUUCGGUAUUAUGGACCUCUAAGGAAUGUAUGGGUUGCCAGAAAUCCUCCAGGAUUUGCCUUUGUGGAAUUUGAAGAUUCCAGAGAUGCGGAGGACGCGGUCAGAGGAUUAGAUGGGAGGACUAUAUGUGGACGGAGAGCUAGAGUAGAGAUGUCAAAUGGUAAGAGUGGUGGUGGUAGGUUUAGGGGCCCACCUCCUAGAUCUCGGGGGCGUCCAUUCCAUCCAGAUGAUCGUUGCUAUGAAUGUGGAGACCGAGGACAUUAUGCUAGAGAUUGUAAUCGAUAUCGUAGAGGUCGUCGUGAUAGGUCUCGCAGUCGAUCAAGGAGCCGAUCCAGAGAUCGCCGCAGUCGUUCAAGGAGCAACAGGAGCAACUCGAGAUCGCGCAGUCGUUCCAGAUCACAUAGAUCGCGCUCGGCUUCAGCAAAGAGAAGCCGUAGCCGUUCUCGUUCCAACGAAAAACGUUCCAGGUCCAGAUCCCAGUCCAGGAGCAGGUCUGCCCCGAAGGAAAAUGGUAAUCACCAGGAUUAAGAGUAGUCCCAUCAUUCAAUUAAAUGUUCUUAUUUCUAUUUUUAACUAUGUCACCAUGGGUGAAAGAAAAGGUUCAAGUAUUGACUUGUGUAUGUAGGUUAGCAAUUCAAUAAAUCAUUUAAGUGCAACUUUAGAUUUUUG